GCAUAUAUACAUCGUCUAAGAUAAUACUAAAACUCACUCAAAGUGCACGUCAUUAUUCUCUUACUCUUUUAUUUUGGCUCCAUAUCUAAAAGGGUCCAUAAGUUUCUUUUAAAGUAAUCAGUAAGAUUGAAGUUUAUCUUGAACUUACAGUUUGUAUUGGCUAAUUUUUUCACGCUUUUACGUUUACGUAACACAGCAACUGUAAGCUUUAAACUUUUCUUUCUUGAAAAUCUUUUGAAAGAUAAGAAAUUGCUGCAAUAAUUUUUGCAAACUUCAAUAAUACAUUUGAACACUAAGGCGUCAAGGAACCUUUUUAAUAGGUUGAAUUGCUUAAGUAUUUUUAUUGAAGACCAAAAAUCCAUCAUGCCAUGUCCUUAUUCGUUUAGAAUUGAAAUCAAGAGUUCAAGUUAUAAGUGUACAGUCGCCUUUGCUGAAUUAAUUUCACAAAAUACUACUACUAAUGGUAAUAUUAAUCACUCCUUUUCAGGUAUUGAUAUUGUCAAGGAUGCUUUCUGGUCUAUUGUUAAUAACAAACUUAGUAAAAUUAUGGGUGAUGUUAAAAUUGCUGAAGGUGGUGCAUUAUAUAUUAGUAGUGCUUCAUCAACUCUUGGUUUAAAGGUUGAAAUGAACUCUCUUUUCAGUGAUAUUAGAAAUGAUGGUGUUAUGUCAUUGAAUUCUGUUAGAUCAACUAUUAAUGCUGAUUUCACUUUCAUUUCCAAGACUUUCACCAACACAGGUGAUUUCUUUAUGGCUGCAAGUGGAGCUCAAACUCUUAUUCCAGCUAAAAUGAAUGUUAUUUCAAAGAAUUUCAAUAAUACUGGGUUUAUGGUUUUCUUACAAAAUCAAAGAAACACUGCUAAAGUUAAUUUAGGUGAUAUUCUUGAUAAAUCAUCUUAUACUGUUCAUAAUAGUGGCCAAAUUUGUUUCUAUAAUCAAAUUUAUGAACAAUCUACUGCUAUUGCCGGUGAUGGAUGUAUUACUGCUUAUGACGAUUCCAGUAUUUUCCUUGCUAAUCCAAGUUUAGAAGUUUCUAAAAUUACUGCUUAUGAAAGUAUAUUCCAUUCAAAAGACAUUAUUAAAGUUGCAGGCUUUGGUGAUGGUAAUAAAAUUGGUAUGACUAAAGCUCUUAGUGGUGGACCAGUUGGUGUUCCAUAUACUUAUAAUGAAGAAACCGGUAUCUUAGUCCUUUAUACAAGAUUAGGUUUAACAGCUCAAGAAUUUGAUAUUGGUCUUGGUUAUGAGAAAGAGAAAUUUGGUAUUGUCGAUGAUAAAGGUAAAGGGUUAUGUGGUGUUAAGAAAGGUAUAUUUUAGGUAAGCCUUCUUAAUUCUUUUUUUUUUUAUUUUUUUCAAUCAAUGCAUUUGAUUAUUUUUUAUAUUUUAUAAUUCUUUUUUAAGUCUAGUUAGCUUGCU